AUGUCGAGCAACUCGUGGCUCGAGAACGCGGACCUGGUCACCAAGUACCAAGCGCUCAGUGGCCUCAACACCAGCACGAUCGGCGUCAGCGCGACGCCUACCAAGCCGGAUGCAGCCAUCACCGUGCGCCUCAACAAGGUCAACUUGACCUGGGACGACCUCCCGCCGCUCGCCAAACUCGCCAUUCUCUGGGACAUGGGUUUUGUCCCAUCCAACCCAACCGUCGACGUGAACGCUCUCAGCCGCAUCUACACGCGCUGCGUCGGCUCGGUCGGCGAGUCCAUGGCCAGCAUCGCGCUCCCCAAGACAGACUUUUUGGCUUCCCAGAGCGACGCCACCACGCGGCCGUGCAAUUCGGCGACUUCUGGCGUCUACCUCCGGCAAGAAAACUCGAAUGGCGGCCGCCUGCGCCCGGACACGCGGGGCGCGACGGGCACAAUCACGAUGGGCAACAUCAAGGACAGCCACAGCAGCAUGUGGGCGCAAGACGGCCAGGGCCUCGGCGCAGCGCCGUACCCGAACCUGCAGCGCCACGCAUGGAACGACAAGGAGUUUUGGCUCAUCUUCUCCAUCCACACGCAAGAGCUGGCGAGCGAGCCGCAGUGGGGCACAUGUCCGGACAAGACGACGCCCGCCGGCGCGACGUUUCCGUGCCAGGUGUUUGACGGCAGCGUGCCGCCGACAGGAUGGUGUGUGCCCUCCAACUCGCAAGCCAUGGACGCAUGGCUCAAGACGAUUGCGACGCAAAAGGCCAACGCGACGCCUCGUCCGUCGACCAGCGCGCCGACCGCCGCAUCGUCAACGUCAUCGGCAUCCACCGGCCUCUCAACGGCCGCGAUCCUCGGCAUCGGCAUUGGCGGUGGGGUACUGCUGGCCCUAGGUAUCUGGUGGUGUCUCUCACGUCGGCGCAAACAAGAAUCGUCCGACGAGCCUGGGUACAUUGAGAUGCGCCCAAGAGAUCGGUACUCGGUGACGACCUCGACGCAGCCAACGCAGACCCGGACGGGGUCGUACCAGCCGAUCACGACUGCCUCGCACACGCUCAACGAGUUCCAGCGCGACCCGUUGCUGAGCCAAAAGCGCGUCCCGUACUCGGCUGUCACCUGCUCACGGCUCCUCUCAAAAGGUGCGUUCGGCGAGGUCUGGCUCGGUUCGUUCAACGGCCAAGUCGUCGCUAUCAAGCGCCUUCUCGACUCCAAGCGGACGUCUGAGGCCGAGAUUGAAGGCUUUGCCGACGAGAUCCGGCUCAUGGCGUCGUUCACGCACCCCAACAUUGUUCGCUUUGUUGGCUUUGCCUGGGACUCGCUCCAGAACCUCUGCGCGGUCACCGAGUACAUGCCCCAAGGCGACCUCCACACGUAUCUGCAGUCGCAUCUGCAGCUCCAGUGGCGGCGCCAUGAGAAGAUCAAAAUUGCGCUCGGCAUCGCCCACGCUCUUGCGUACCUGCACAGUCUCUCGCCUACGAUCAUCCACCGCGACCUCAAGAGCAAGAACGUGCUCAUGGCAGCGGGCUGUGAAGCCAAACGAUGA